AAAAACGUUACAGAGUCGACGAGACAGGCAUGUAAUUAACAUGAAAUAAAAGGGCGAUGUCGAUGUUGAGGAUUCGGGGUAAAAUAUGAACCAAAUGUUUCAAGUUCUAGUCGGAAUCCAGCCGAGCGGAAUCGCCUGAGACAUCGCAAUGAUAUGAAGAUUACCAGUGGAUAGCAAGGGGGAAUUUCAAUGAUCUGACAAUGAGACAGAGCCCAAGGAGACCCCUGAUCCUCAAAAGAAGAAAACUCCCUUUUCAGCAAAAUGAUCGACCAACAGCUGGCUCACAAAGCCUGUCUGGUCUGCCAGCUUCCAAAGAGCCAUCAAAACCAGCCUCCAGUCAGUGCUUCUCUGAUGGUAUCCGCAUUAUGGAUCACCCUUCCAAGUCUGACACUCAGGUGGUUGUUAUCCCCAAAACAGCCGACCUUCAAAGUGUUAUUGGAGCCCUCACUGCUAAGGGCAAAGAGUGUGGUGAACAGGGCCCGAACAAGUUUAUUCUUCUGAGUGGGAAUGGCGGUCGGGACAAUGGAGGUUUUUGUCAGCCUGCUGCUGAAGAGGAACACUUUUCUGCACAACCUGCAGUGCUACAGACAGUAAAAACAGAACCUAUGCUCAACUCCCUGGAUACUAAACCUCUCCCCGGAAUGAAACCAUUAAAUAAGGAUGGCGGGCGUUUAAAUGACAGCCUCACCAAUAUUCAGUGGCUGGGCAAAAUGAGCACAUGCACCUUUGAAGCGGAUCCUUCCAAACAGACGCCCCUCAAGGAAAACCAAAACCCACCUGCACAAACGUUUAAGGCACACAGUACACAUAUCGAUGCAGAAGCUGUUCAGCCAAACAUGGCAGAGAGGCCACCAUACUCCUACAUGGCCAUGAUUCAGUUUGCUAUCAACAGCAGGAAGAGCAGGAGGAUGACGCUGAAAGAGAUUUACUUGUGGAUUGAGGAGCAUUUCCCUUACUACAGAGAUGUGGCCAAACCAGGAUGGAAGAAUUCCAUCCGCCAUAACCUGUCGCUGCAUAAGAUGUUCAUUCGUGAGACGUCACCUGAUGGUAAAGUUUCUUUCUGGACUAUUCGGCCUGAAGCCAAUCGGUGCCUCACCCUUGAUCAGGUGUACAAGCCUGGUUGUAACCCAAUGACUGCUCCUGUUUCCGUGCCAAUGGUUUUAUUUCCCCACCAAAGGAUGGUUCCGGAUGCGAGGAAAACACCGACUGGCUCUGAGAGAAAGAUGAAACCUCUUCUCCCUCGAACCGAUUCCUACUUGGUUCCCAUCCAGCUUCCCGUCGCCUCGUCCGUCUAUCUGCCGGCCUCAUCUACACCUUUUCGCCCGAACGGCUCCCAGCAGAAACAAAACGCGUCACGAGGAACCAAGAGAGUCCGCAUAGCUCCAAAGGUGACUCAAAGUGCUGCCCAAUCUGUGGUAGUGUCUCCUCUGAAGAACCUGAAGGUGGAAGUUAAGGAGGAGGAGAUAUGUGUCCCAAUCAAAUGUGAGACUCCUGUAGCCGCUCCAAAGAGACAAGCCAGCAGCUCACGGCGCAAACAACGCCUGGUCCGCUCUCUGCACGAGGAGCCUGUUCUCCUCUGCCCUGCUAACGCCUUCUUAGACUCUGGCGUAGCCUCUGAUGUUUCCACAUUCCAGGACUUCCAUACUGAGCUGGACGAGCACCAGCACGGGCAGGAUAGCCCCGACCGGGAGUUCUCCUUUAAGACGCCCAUAAAAAGUAGCAGCCACUUAUCCUCCACUCCCAGCAAGCCCCCUUCUAAUGUAUUUGAGCCUUGCAGGGUGACCCCAGUGGGCAAAGGGAGCCAGAUUGUUCUCGACUUCAGCCCUAUUCGCACGCCAGGUGGUCCCGCCGUCACCCCCAGACACGACUACACCACCUUCAGCUUCAACAGCACUCCCUUUAAAGACUGGCCUCUGUUCAGUUCCCCCAGAGAGCUGCUCACGUCCGCUCCCUCCAGAGCAAGAGGGCCGACCGAGUCGCCCGUCAGAGGCCUCCCGAGGAGCUGCUCCAGGGAGCUGCUGCAGGUGGGAGGCGGCACGGCGGCUAACCGCUCGCUCACAGAGGGCCUCGUGCUGGACACCAUGAACGACAGCUUGAGCAAGAUACUGGUGGACGUUAGCUUCUCUGCUCUGGACGAUGAAGACCUCGGCGCGGCCAACAUCAGCUGGUCCGAGUUCAUCCCUCAGUUCAAGUAGCGUGAGAACUAAAACACAUGGCAUCUGGUUAUUUAAAAAAAAAAAAAACACUACUCUAAAGAAACUGCACUGAAAUAGCAAAGCAGAUACAAAUGAAGGUAGCAAAUGUCUUUCACUAACCAGCUAUCCAAAAAUCCAUGCUUUGUAGUCAGUAUUUUGAUAUUCUAUACAUCCAGUAGAGCUCCAAAAACUCAUCUAUGAAUAUGCUGAAGAGCUCUGUCGUUUCAAUGUACAAAUUGCAGCUUUAACAUAUAAUGGAUGCACUAUUCUGCUCAGCUGAAGUCAUUUAUUUGGACUCUUUUUUUAAAAUUUUUGACCUGAAACAUGACUCAGUGAAGCUACAAAAUGAAGCCGACCUCUUUUGGAUUUAGGACUAUUUUGGCUUGCUUUCUUUUGCAUCUGCUUUGCUCUUCUUUGGAUGUUUCUGCUUGCCAUGUGGAAUAAAUGUAUGAAUCUAUGACGGGGACAUUUCCAUUUUAGUCACUAAAACAAGCUGCUCACUUGUUGCAUGUCUCUCUCCAUGUCUGGCUUACUGUUUUUCAUUGUCUUUUUUUAGUGAAAUUAACUGCCUUAAUGUCACUCGUGUUUCUACUUUUACAAUUCUUCACAUGGAAAAACGUGGCGGUCUUUCUGUUUCGUCAUUUAUCCGGCGUGGCGUGUCCGUCUCGAAGGAAUUGCAUAAGAAGUUAAAAAUCUCUAAGUGUAUAUGUAUGUUGAUUUGCACAUUUUAAUAUAUAAUUUAGCUUUUACGUCUGUAAAUGGAAAAUUCGUAUCAUCUGAUCAACCAGCGAGAUGUUUCUGUUCCAUUUGGAUCGGUCGGACAUGUGAAAGCGCCUUAGACUUAUAGAUUGUGAUGCAGGAUUAUUAGUAAUGAGAAAUUUUCAAGUAUUCCAAGCAGCACUAACAGCAGUAGGAUUGUGUCUGUAUGUCUGUUGUAGAACCGUCUUCAUCACUUGACUUUCUAAAGCAUCUGUAAUUGCGCCAGUAUCAACCCUGGAUCACUUUGUACCCCACUGAGGGUCAUUUUGCAUGCAGUGACAAUUACAUUUUAUAUUUAUGGGUGCAAAAUAGUGACUAUUUUGUAUCUUUCUAACACAGGCUGUAAUUGUUUUCAAUAAGGAUGCUUGCUGCCUUUUUUUUGUCUUGAAGCAUAAACAGAAAAAUAGGGGGGCAUCUUAAGCUCUCAUCACCAUUUCUGGGGAAUAGAAUGGAGUCUUUAACUGUUUUUAAAAAAAUAAUGUAUUGCUGUAAUAGGUGUGUCAGGCUCGUGAGCCUGUGAUUGCAUACAUGGCAAUAAGUUAAUCUAUUGAGGAUUGAUACUUUGUGGAUUCUAGCAGUUUUCCAAGCAUGUGGUUCGUUCUGUUUCCUUAAACUUGGUGUUUCUGCAAUAAUACAGAAUGAGGGCUUUUAUUCAGUCAUGUUUUUGACCAUUAGCACGUUUCGAUCAGGCAGUGUAAAUGGAAAAGGUGCAAUUUGUACAGCCUGACAUGUGCUCAAGUACAAGUGAUGUUGAAACCGCUGUCCAGUACAGUUCAUCUGGAAAAACUACACAGCAAUACUGCUUAUUUCUAUUUAUAUUUGAAUAAAAGUUGAAACUUCA